AUGGAGCAAGCUGCAGAUGUUUACACAAAUAAAAUUUUUGAAGAAUUUCAGGAUGAGUAUGUCAAGUCCCUUGAAGUCAACAUUGAAGAAAUUGAAAAUGAUGGUAAGAGUACCGUUUAUACGGUUCUUGAUAGUGAUGGUAUAAAGGUGAGGAAAGUGAGGCAGGAGUGUGAUGAUUCGGUCACUUGCAAUUAUAGGAAGUUUGAAAUGAAGGGCAUUUUGUGUAGUCAUUGUUUGAAGAUCCUUAGAGAAAGACUCAAAUUCAAAGAGAUUCCUUCACAAUAUAUUCUGAAGAGAUGGACUAAAAAAGCAAGAUCUGAAAAUGUGAAAGAUAGGUGUGGGUAUGAUAUUCAGGUUAAUGUAAGAUUGCAUCAAACUUCACGUUAUAGGUCAUUGAUGGCAAUAUUCAGAUCCGUAGCAUGUAGAGCUUCUGAAAGUGAGGAAACAUAUAAUUUGACGGUCGAGAAAGCGGAUGAAUUAAUUGCAGACAUUGAAACCAUGUUAAGCGCAAAAUUCGAUAUGCCUUGUUUAGAUACUGUUCAACAAGAAAGCCCCCCCAACACAUGCCCUGAAAGCUUUGAAGUGGAUGGUGUAGUGGAUAAAAAUGUAGUUCAAGCAAAAGGACUCAAGAGAAGAGAGUGCACUAGCAAGGGACAAAGGCGGACAAAAGGUGGUUUGGAGCUUGCGUUGGCAAAGAAAAAUAAAACAAGUUCACAUAAUGCUUCUCAAACUUCCAUGUCUGUUACUCCUCAAACUCCUCCCAUAUUUCGGCAACCAAGUUUUCUUCAUCACAAUAUGCAUUUUUCAAUGCCAUCAAUGUAUUCCGUCCAUGGAACCUAUCAAGCAUUGCUUAACAAUGCAAGUAGUUAUCACUCGCAAGCUUCAAAUAGUCCCGCAUGUAGUCAAGUACUAUAUGGUCGUGGUUGUGGGUGUGGCCGUGGGCAUGGGGAUGUGGAUCACACGCCAACAUCUUAG